UAGCUGAAAAACAACAUGACGGAAUGUCACUUCCUGUAGAAAUUAUAGCUCCAGCUGCUACAUGUGUUGUUGUACUCCUAUUGGUUAUUUUUAUUAUUACUGUUCUCUUAAUCAGACGAAGACGUAGACGCACCGGUAGUCAGACUAAAGACGUGGAUGGUGUCAAUAUUGCAGAUACUACAAAUCCAAGAUUAGCGAUUGUUCAGCCAACAAGACGUCCGCGAGAAAAGGAUUAUGAAGGUUGAAUUUGCUUAUAACUUAGACAGCGAUCAAUGUGGUGUAAACCCCUAUUAAAUAAUAUUAGCCAGAUACACAAAACCAGUGAUUUAGUAUUAUGUUUGAGGUUGUUGGUCUGUUUUAUCCUCUACAUGUACUUCUGAAAUCUGGACCUAGGGGACAGAGACAUGCAUGAGGCAGGGUGUGGUCAUUCUUCCUAGUACGCAUGGUGCCACUGUUCACAAAAUUAAAAUCUGUUUUUCUUUUUUGCAUAUUUUUUUCAACUUUAUCUAUUAUGCAUAUUUUUUUGUUUUUAUUGUGCAUAUUUAUUCUGUUUAGAACAUCAUAACAUACGAGUAUAUGCUACCAUAAAUGAUGAUGAGCUUGAGUUGCCAGCAAAUAAAGUAACUAACUUUGACAAAGAAAUUGACCCUGUUACGAGCGCCAACCAUUAUGAAACAGUAUCAAUAGACGAUGAUGACAAAUCUCUAGCGUCAAUGGACACAUAUAUUCCAACAGAAGUUCAAGCUGAAAGGUCAUCAGAUCCACCAAUAGAAUCAGAAGACUCUAAUUAUUAUAAUCUGCUCAAUAUUAAUACCGAUCUAAAAUUAGAUCAGUUUGAAUCAUUCGUCAUUAAAACAAAAGAUGUCAACGGAUUUAAACAUAUUUUUUUGUUUUUGCCAAAUGACUUUACUGCUAGCUAUGAUAUAUCACAGAAACCUGAAAACAGAUCUAAGAACCGAUUUCGUGGAUAUUAUCCUUAUGAUUACAGUCGAGUUGUACUCCAAAAAUCCAAAACAGAUCCACAUUCUGAUUACAUUAAUGCCAACUACAUUGAUGGCUAUAAGCAAUCGAAGGCCUAUAUAGCAGCACAAGGUGCUACCAAAGUUACAAUAUACGAUUUUGUAAGAAUGAUAUGGGAACAGAAGUGUGAUAAAGUUGUCAUGUUGACUAAUGUACAAGAACAGGGAAAAAUCAAAUGUGAACAGUACUGGCCAGAAAAAGGAUCUCAAAAAUUUGGAGAAAUAAAUCUGACAUUAAAUGAGGAAAGAGCGCGAGCUGACUUCACUGUACGCUGUAUAACUAUGAGUAAGGGUACUGAAACACACAAGUUUCACCACUUCCAUUAUACAAGCUGGCCUGAUCAUGAUGUUCCUAAUGUCAGUGAUUUGUUAGAUUUUCUCUACAUGGUUAAUAAACAUAAACCUAAUUCAAAUAAACCACAGAUUGUUCAUUGUAGUGCUGGUGUUGGUAGAACGGGGACAUAUAUAGCUAUAGAUUGUGGAUUAAAACAAGGAAAAGAGACAGGAAGCUUUGAUGUUAUUGAAUUUACUAAAACAAUGAGAAAUCAGAGGAAGGGUAUGAUACAAACAGCGGGCCAGUUUCAAUUUGUGUUCGAGGCGUUAACCCAAGGAUUUAAAUAUGGCGAUACUAGAUCAAACAAGGCAGUCUAUGAAUCAAAAUUCGAUUUUAAACAAGAACCUAUGCAGGAUGGAACAUUGUCUCUAAAAACACAAUAUGAAUACUUAAGACAAAUUAAACCCGAGACAAAGAGCACAGAUUCCUUGGACAGUCAUCCUCAAUCAUUACCAGUUUCAUUUUCCUCUAGAACAAAUCUGAAUGGUUAUAUUGUGGCUGCUCUAAAUGGAUAUAAUACAGAAUCAAUAUGGCAGCUGAUACAAAAUAAACAGUGUUCUGUUGUUGUGGCUUUACUGAAUAGUGAGAAUGAAGUGGCUAUAUGUCCAGAAGCUGGUACAGAAGAAACUUUUGGGUCAUUAAAACUUGAAAGUAAAACUGAUGUCGGUAUAUCAGAGGAUUUAAACAUAAUCUGUGUUUCAACUUGUCAAGAAGGAGCUGACGCAAAAUCUGUUCAAGUAUUAAUAAUGAAUAUUCGUGACUCAAGGCUGUUUUUACCAUUGGCUAAACAGAUGAAAGAGUUGAUUGAACAGAUAGAUAUUCAACAUUGUGACGCUAAUCACCCGAUUGCUGUCUUCUCUAAUGAACCUUCUGUUGGUCAAUUAUUCUGUGUAAUAAGAAAUAUCAUACAGAGAAUAAAACUGGACAAUGAAGUUGAGAUAUUUGAAAAUGUUAGAAAAAUGCAUCAACAGAUCUCUUGCUUGGUAAAAUCGGAGGAUGAGUAUCUCAGCUUACACAGAUUUGCAGCAGAAUACGUGAAAUCAUCUAGUGUAUAUGCUAAUUUAUAGAAUAUAUAUUAAUAUUCUGAUUACUGUUACAUCAUAACAUACGUAGAAAACAACCUAGUCGAUAUAACACUCGGUAGUUACUUAUUGAUAUAGAUAACAGGCAUAGUUUUUCAUAGCACUAUACGUUAUUGUAUUAUACUUAAUAGCAUUAUAUUUUUACUUAAGUUUCGACACAAAUUCACGUAUUUUGUAUAAAGAACGAAAAUCGAUAACUUAUUUUUUAUUAUACAAACACAUUGCAGCGUAGGCGUAUUUUGUUGGCACGCUGUCCACCACUCCGUCUGUCCGUCCAUCAGUCCGCGUGUGAUGGCGGCGGUUUUUAGCGGAUUCUUGGUGCCAAGAACCCCCCCCCCCCCGCCCCUUUCCGUUUAACCUUCUUAACGCGAUUCAGGUUUUAGUUUUUAACAGAUGGGUUUUUUUUUUCAAAUUUGGUGUGAGAGGAAGAACUCUAUCGUCUUUCAACGUUCGGUGACUUUCGUUCCGAAAUUAUCCCACUUUGCUAAACAUCUUGUAAAUGCGAUAGAGGCUACAGUUUUAAAUGGGUUAUUUUAUUCAAAUUUGGUGGUACGCAUUGGGGUCAUGAUAUGACAUAGCCUAUCAAUACUCAGUGUUCCGUGACUUUCCGGUAUGCCCCUUUGUCGAAACUUGUGAACUCGAUAGGGGCUGCGUUUUUUCUUUUCAAGAUUUUGUGGAAGCAUUUGGGUCGAUCUCAAACCUUGUUCUAUAUUUUGGUACACCCACCACCCAAGCUUUGACAAAAAAGUUAUUAACGGAUUCUUUUCAAAUUUGGUGUAAAGCAUUGUUACCAUAAGAGGAGGAACCCUACCGAUAUUCAGCGUUCCGGAACCUUUCCAUCUGGAUAUAUCCCCCACCCCUUUUUUGCAAAAAAACCUGUAAACAUAAUAUAGGUUACAGCUUUUAAUGGAUUCUUUUCACAUUUUAACUGAAGAAUUGUGGUCAUUAGAGAUGACUACCCAUAUCAAUAUUCAGCACACCCCCUCACCCCCUUUGUCGAAAUUUGGUCAACAUCCAUGUUUUCCGCUUGGAUAAGCUGGUGUCGAGGCGUUGUUAAUGUAUUUUACAAUAACUUUAAAGUAUUUGUUCUGUAAUUUUUCUAUUGAAGUUUCGAGUAUUUUAGAGACGUAUGCAACAGUCUUAUUUUAGGAAACGUCAUUGCAAUUUGAAGAUUUUUACUUUUUUAUUUUAUAUUUCAUAUUUAUUGCAUGUUACACCAUUUUAAGCAUCUAUAAUAUUCUCUUAUUCAUAAUAUUCUCUUUUUUUUGGGAAGUUUUAAAGCUUGAUUUUUAUUUGCAAUAUUAUAAGAAUUGUAAUAUUUGAAUUAAGUGUGUGCUUUGAAACCUUUUAUACAUGUACUAAUAUUUCGAUAAAGCGCGAGCUGACAUUCGGCAUUCCCCCUUAUAUUUCGGUAAUUUCCAGCGUAUUUGAAUUUAUAGUCGGGCAUCAUAAACGAAAGGGUUAACCCACAACCCAAGAGGGAUUAUAUUCCAUUAAGAUUUGGGAUAAUAUCGGAAAAUCAAAGAAGAGGGGACGGAGAAGCUGUAGUGUCGGCAGAUUUCUCGUAGCUCUCAUUGCAUACGUAACCAUACAAACAACAAAAUACAUGUUGCUCUCAGUAUUGCGAUUACGGAAGAUGGUCUGAAAGAUGUUCAAAAUCUUGUUAAAGGAACGUAUUAAAAUCAGUAGAAAAUCGGUGUAACGGUAGUAAAAUUGUGUAAAAAAUAUUUAUAAUUAAAGAAUCUAGCUGGUUUCUUAAACUGUGGGAUGAUCGAAACUCAACAAACCAGAAUAAAUUGAGAACAUAAAGAUUAUUUUAAAAAGAUUUAAGAGUUGAGGAUUAUAUUUGUGACAUAAACAGGUCCCGAUUUCAAAAAGACAUUGUCAGACUUAUGUUAAGAAUUUACUCAAAAUUGUUCGCCUUAUUUUAUUUAAAAUAUAGUCCUUUAUGGAAACCUUUCUUGUUUCUCAAAGAUAUUUCACAUAAACAGUAAUUGAAAGUUGAGUAAAUUCUUAAUUUAUAGAGACAUUAUGUAAGAUGUAUGUAAGUCCUCGCUAUAACAGUUUUAAAAAGCGUUAAUGAAAAGGGAAUAUGUUGGAAAUUUCCGUCAAAUUACUUCAUUCUUCGCCGAGUUAUCGCCGUUAGAAGAACAGUGUAGUCUCGAUUGUUAUCGUUGUUAAGAUUAUCCAUUUGUAAAUUAAAUCAUUACCUGUCAUUCAUAUUUAAAUCUGUUGAAAACCUCGAGGAUCAGAUGGCAUCGAGAGUUGAUUAUGGUCUUGGCAAGUUAUCAUUGCCUAAUUAAUAAUUUAUAUAACAUUUAAGGUCUGAAGAAAGACUUGCAAUAAGCAGAUUUAGCUCUUGAAUAAUGUUUCUUUUAGUCUGAAAAUGCUUUGUGAAUCCAGGGCGAGAUCUCAAAGAAGUGUAAUUAGUAAACACAGAUGCGUCAUAUUUCCUUUAGCAAUAGAAACGGAUCUCUAUUGUAACCAGCCUACUAUCCUCCUAAAUAAUUGUUUGUGUCCUUUGUGCUCAUCAUGUGUCGACAACGAAAUCUAUUUUUAAUUGACUGUGAGUCUACACAGAUAUCCUGAACAAACUGUUUGUAAAUAUAAUUCUUCAGAAGAAGGAUUUUGAAGUAUUUUAACUGUCAAUAAUAACAUUAUCCUUGCAAACUGUCUUUUAACACGUUAAGACCAGGAAUAAGUUUUAUUUUAAUGUAUUUUAUUAAUUAUUGACGUUUUAAUGAAUUGAUUUUAAUAAGCAGUGAUAAAUGGGUCCAUAUAGUUCGGACACUGCUGUUAUUUAAUAUAAAUUUAAGAUGUAUGUAUUUUAUUGUAUCCAAUGUGUGACACGUUAAUAAACAAUUAUUUACUUACUUAUUGUGCUGACGAGACUUUAAAAAAAAAACAUCCCAUUCCCCCACCAGAUGCUGUCGUGAAUUAUUAAAAUAAAAUCUAUCCAAAAGUUAGCUAAAACAGGAUACAUUUUCUCAAAAGUAUAAUACAAUUUGUUUCAAUAAUUCCAUAAUGAAUAAUGUAAAGGGGAUUCAGUGAGGACAUCUCAUUUCUAUAGAUAGAAGUCGUUGUUCUACUGGACAAAGAUAAACCUUGACGUCUUAUUCACAAUAUAUUGUAAAUUAUAGGGACUCUUGUAAAAUAAAUA